CUGCUUCCAAAUCUAGAAUCGCUCAAGGAAACAAAACCGAAAUUCUUUUUGAACAACGCGGGCGAAGUCAUCAAACGCACGGAACAAGAUGGCGUAUCAACAGACGUGGUGGUGUCAGUAUCAUCGUUGAAAGGCAAACAACCUGCCACGGGUGGCAGCAAAGUGAAGAAAUCGAAGUCAGAAUCACGAUCCUCCUCUCUACAAAGAUCAAAUUCAGGCCAGCUCUCCGUCUCAAAGGAUCGCAGACGUUCAAGACUCGACCUAGCUUCUCCCUCCGAUAUUUAA